AUGGCCACUGCCCUGAUGUCAUACGCAAACAAGCGAUCCAGGCUAGUAGCCGCCCUCGCCUUCGCCAUCUUUGUGCUCUUCUUCCUUUUCAGAAUAGGAGCGGGGUCAGAUGCAGGCUUCUAUGGCUCAAAGAAACCGGUAGUCGAGGAGCCACCGCCGCCACCCCCCUACAGCGGCCCGCGAGUCGAGCUGUUUGGCCUGAAGGAUUUUGGCGCAGAGGUCGAGAUCGCGACCCUCAACAUCAGGGUCAAGGAGCAGCAGCAGCAACACAUGAGCGACAAACCCAACGCGAACAGCAAGCCCGCUGCCGCACAGCCCGUCCCCGCCAAGCCUGCGCCUCCAACAAGCCCACAGGUCGAGCAGUCGCACCCCGACCACCCGCGGCGGCAGGGCUACGGCAUCUUCUCGCCGUCUCCGCUGCAGCAGCAGCUGCCCAUCGCCCUGCCAAAGUUCACAGCCCACCGUGUCGAUGCCCCGGAUUUUAAUGAGACCGACCUUGACAUUCCUGUUCCUGGGACCCCACCCGCCACUACUUCUAUCACGAUACCGCCCAAGAAGAAGAAUCCUGAUGCCUCGAGGAUCACCUUUGGCGUGGCCACCCUCCUCAGCCGCAUGCCCGAGGCCCUGGAGAACUUCAAGCACUGGGCGGCCCACACCAAUGCCCGCUUCGUCGUGGUGCAUGAGCCCCAGGACACCGAGGCCCGCCCGGGCGAGCUUUCCCCUGAUGAGAUCAAGACGAUGUACCGCGAUGCGGGGAUCGGCCACCUCUUCCUGGUCGAGUCGGAAAAGGGCUGGGGCGAGAGGUACCUGUCCCUCCUCGGCUGGCUGAGCAGCACGGUCGAGAAGCAGACCGACUGGGUGGCGCUGAUCGACGACGACACCUUCUUCUUCGACAUGAACACCCUGAUGGGCAUGCUGAAGAAGUACGACCCCGCCGAGCCGUGGUACGUGGGCCGGCUGUCGGAGAACAAGUGGAACAUCAACAACGGCGGCUUCUUCGCCAUCGGCGGGGCGGGCGUGUUCAUGUCGCGGCCCCUCAUCGAGAAGCUGGGCCCGCACGCCGAGUCGUGCUGGGCGGACCGGCAGGAGGGCGCGACGGGCGGGGACUGGAUCGUGGGCGACUGCGUGUACCGGCACACGACGACCAAGCUGUCGAUCGAGCACGGGCUGUUCCAGCUGGACCUGCACGUCGACGUGACGGGCUUCUACGAGGCGGUCCGGCGGCAGCCCGUGAGCGUGCACCACUGGAAGAGCUGGCACCACCACGACCUGCCCACCGUCGCGGCCGUGUCCGCGGCCUGCGGGAAGCCCUGCGUGCUGCAGAACUUCCGCUUCCGGGACGGCUGGCAGAUGGCCAACGGGUUCAGCAUCGUGCGGUACAGUUAUAACGAGACCGAGCUCGCGGCGCAGCACCCCGAGGCCAUGGAGCACACGUGGAAGAAGACCAUCUGGGACAUCGACGACAGCUGGACCCACAGCCUCGAUCCGCUGAAGCCCAGGGACGAGGGAAAGGUGCAGUUCCUCAUCGAGAAGAGCGUGCGCGACGAGGCGGCGAGGACGACUACGAUGUACUACGUCCGACGGGAAGAGGGGAUCGGGAAGGGCCUCAUCAGGGUGGUGUGGCAGGAGUCAUGA